AUGGAGGAAACCAAGAGCUGCUCAAAAUGUAAAAAAAGUGUUACCCUAGAAAAUUUCAAAAGGUGGAGGGGGGACCUGACAAAAACGUGCAUCAAAUGCAUUAAUCUUAAUCAAGCGUCAAAAGAUCGUACAAGGUGUCUGCAUCAAAGGCGGAGGUGUCAAUGUAAGGACUGUGGAGAUAGGGACAUUUGCCCCCAUGAAAGGGUGAGGGCUUACUGCAAAGAGUGCAAAGGCAGCCAGAUUUGCCUCCAUCAAAAGCAGGUGUCUCAAUGCAAGGACUGCGGGGUGGAAGCAUCUGCCAGCAUAAAAGAGAGAGAUCAAGGUGCAAAGACUGCGGGGGCAGAGGUAUUUGCCCUCAUCAAAAGCGGAGGUCUCGGUGCUAGGACCGUGGAGGUGGAAGCAUCUGCCCUCAUCAAAGGGUGA